AGGGGGCGUUUACUCAAACUUUGUGAAGUAAGCAAAGAUGGCGAACUGGAGCAAACUUUUUGUGGCUUUUGGACGAUGUUUAAAUCGAUCCCGAACCAUUAAAAACUCAGCUUUCCUUCGCCACCCUUGUAUUGUCAGUUCUAUCAUUGUAGCAGGUGGUCUAGUUUAUCAGCACUUUGGACCUUUACUGAUGAGUAGGCCUUACAUCGUUCUUGCUGAUGAAUUAAAGACUGUGAGAGAAAGUGCCAACUCCGUGCAAUCUGCUCGAAGACUACGUUUCAGUCAGUUUUCUUCUGUAAUGUAUGAACAGGAACUCUACAUGACACCACGCGAUUUCCUAUUCUCUGUAAUGCUAGAUGAUGUUGACCGUAAGUUACAACAGAAAGUCCUUACCAAACAAGAAGUGGAUAAAAUGCUCACAAUUGCAUCGAAAGCUCAGGCAGGCAAAAGCCUUUUCAGAACCAUUGGAGAUAAUGGUUUGAUUUCUUACACAGAAUAUUUAUUCUUGCUGACAAUUCUCACAAAGCCACACACAGGAUUUCAUAUUGCUUUCAAAAUGCUUGAUGUUGAUGGCAAUGAACAUGUGGACAAGAAGGAAUUCCUUAAGCUUAAAAAUAUAAUUGGAAAGCGUGAAAAAGUUUCAAGGGUAGAAGCUGAGAAGCUGCCUAACGAUGAUGGAGAUGUGAAUACAACCCUGCAAGUGUUUUUCUUUGGGAAAGCUGGACGUCAAAAACUUCACUACAAGGAAUUUUGCAGAUUCAUGGAGGACUUGCAAGCCGAAGUGCAAGAGAUGGAGUUUUUGCAGUUUUCAAAGGGAAUGGAGACUAUGAGAAGGGAGGAUUUUGCUGAGUGGCUCCUGCACUACACAAAUGAGGAAGACAACAGAGCGUAUUGGGAGAAUGUUAGGAAGAAGAUUCCUGCUGGACAGAGUAUCACCUUUGAUGAAUUUAAGUCCUUUUGCCUGUUCACAAACAACCUGGAAGAUUUUGCCUUUUCUGUGAAAAUGAUCAGUGAAGCUAACCGUCCUAUUGGAAUAGCCCAGUUCAAAAGAGCUGUCAAAAUUGCAACUGGACACGAGCUUUCAGAAAAUGUGGUGGACACAGUUUUCAAGAUUUUCGAUCUAGAUGGUGAUAAUUGCCUCAGUCAUAAAGAAUUCCUGGGAGUAAUGAAUGACAGAAUUCUUCGUGGCUUAAAGGUAAAAGCUCAGCAUGGGAUUCCUGGUUACUGGCGGUGUGUGAAACAAGAGACACUGAAAGGUGCUCAGGAAGCCUUAAAGGAAACGGGGAGUCCCUUUUGAAGUCUAACAGCAUAGUGCUGCCUCAGCCAAUCAGUACCUCCCACACAGCUUCUGUUCAUCUGUACAGCACAGAUGCAGUAAUCGCUUUUGUGAGCAACUAUGAGGAUUCACAUUUAACAGAAAAACAUUCCUGUUUUUAAAAUAUUUUCAUGUCAUGCAAAGCAGCAACUUGCGCUGAUUGGUAUUCUACAUAAAAUGUAGAAGCAUUGAGAUUAAUACUGAUUUACAAAUUAGUAGAUACUACCGGUUAGAGCCGGAUAGAGCAUUUAACACAAUAUAACAUGAAACUUUGGUGUAAUUAAUGUUUCUGGUGUUUUUUAUAAAUUUGCUUAUGGUUUUGUACACAUUUCUUGAACAUUUUUUUCUCUCCUUUUUCACAAAUUGUGUUGGGAAGCUAAAGAUUAUUGCAUAUUUGUAUUUUUCAAGAGACAAGUAAUGCUCAGUGAUCAGUCUUUUUGCUGGUGUUAUAUCUAAUCUAAAAUUCUUCUAAAGGUUCAAAUAAAUCAAUUUUGUGACAUUA